AUGCAAGACUUACUUCAAAGCUGGGUCAUGUAUGUAAUAAUUAGAGAAUCACUUUCCUUGAGAAAACUGUGUGCUGCUAUAAUGAAAUCAUUAUAGUUAAAAGUAAAAUACAUAAGGAAGACUUUUACUUGGCUUAAUAAAAUUUAAUCCAUGAACAAUAUAUUGUAUUAAUUUUGAUUGUUCAAUAUAUUUUUAUAAUGUACAUUUUAUGUACUUCGAAUUAAUAAGAAAAUUAUUCAAUUUGAUAAAUAAAAUUUAGAUUAAAAUAAAUAUUAUUAUAUAUAUUUAUGCAAUGUAUUUUCAAUAUAUUCAUCUUCACUUUUCAUAUUAUAUAAUGUUUAAAAUUAAAAAGAGGUCAUGGAAAAAAUCUUAUUUUGCGAAAUAAAUCAGUCACCUUAGAUAUUACACGUUUUAAAAUGCAAAAUAAUCAAAGAAGUUCAUUUAUUUCGUGCAAAAGUCCUAAUAAAUUCCUCAUGGCUCAGUCAGUUAACUUGACUGUUUCUACCAGGUACUUUGUAUAAAAUUGAGUUAUCUUUGUAACAAUUCACAUAUGAUAAGACUUUACAGAUAAAAAUUAUUCAUUGAAUAUCCACUUGGCGAGUAUUUAACUCAUUUUGUUAUCUCUGAUCAAUUACUGCGUGAUCAAUAACAUCAAUGAGGAAUACAAUUGCUCUAUAUGAAAUAAAUUGCAGAAUAUUAGUAAAAUGCAUUUUAUUUGACACAAUAAACUGAAACUUAUUUCUAGAAAAAAUGAAGAAUAAGAAUCUCAAUAUUUAUGUUUGUCAUUAAUACUGUAUUUAUAAAGAAAUAUCUUUAAUUGCAUUGCAGUUUUCAUUUAACUGAGAUUUAUAAGUGAAAUUUAAGAAUAAAACUGUUUUUCAUUAUAGAUUUUAA